AUGUAUCGAAACUUCGUUCCCAAGGAGCCUCCAAUUCUUGCAGAUCCCAAGGAGGAACUGCUGGCUUCGCUGACUCGCAUCAAUACCUUCAACCCACCUGUUCAGACAUGCUCGACUGGCUGGAGAUUCUCAGGACUCUAUUCGGGGCCAACCUCGGUCGCAUAUCUCUUCUACCGCCUAGCCCAGCUCUAUCCUGACCUGACUUUCAAGUCACAGUCACUAUCUGACUGGGCUGCAUCCUACCUUGAGCUCGGGUCCUCCUACAUCACCAGCGGCCGCCACGGUAGAGAACCCGUAGACCCUGAUCACUGUGGCGUCGCCAACGAAACCCUCAGUCAGCUGGCCGUCCGGGCCGCCCUGCUCGAAGACGCCAGCCUCGCCCAGCAGCUCUGCUCCUACUCCACAGCCAUCAACGCCCAACCAAACGGCUCGGACGAGUGGCUCUACGGCCGUGCCGGCUACCUCUAUCUCCUGCGCCUGGUCCGCUUCGCGUUCCCUGCAUCCUCACACAGCUCACUCAUUGACACCAUCUCCAAAACAAUCGCCACAACCAUCACUCGCAUCCUAGCCUCACCACAACCAUGGAUCUGGCACGGCAAACCCUACAUCGGCGCCGUCCACGGCUCCAUCGGCAUCAUCACGCAGAUCCUGCUCUCCUCCGCCACCCCUAAUCAACACGCCGAGCAGCUUGGAUCCCGCAUCCACGCCAUCCUAGACCUCCAGCUCGAGAGCGGCAACUUCCCUUCCUCCUCCCUGCCCGAAAAAACCACGUCAGACCGCCUCGUCCAAUUCUGCCACGGUGCACCUGGGAUCGUGAUUUCCCUCACUAGCCUGGCACCCUACUACCCAUCAGCCACCUCGGAUCUGUCUACACGCAUCGAGCAAGCUAUAUCCUCCGCGCAGCCAGUGCUCGAAGCGCGGGGCCUGCUCACCAAGCCCCCGUGUCUAUGCCACGGCAUCGCGAGCAACGCCAUGGCCCUGGCGUCCGAUGAUGACAACCGGUUUCUCGAGUUCCUGAGCCACAUGGGCAGCGACCUUUUAGAGGCACGAAUGUCGUGGAUGGCGGAGGCGGGGCGGAACGAUGCCUUCGUCGGCCUGUAUGCAGGCGAGGCGGGCCGGGCGUGGAUGUGGGGUAUGGCUGAUCAGGCGCGAAAUCAUGGCAGGGCGAGGCAGGAGGUUGGGCUGAUUGGUUACAAUGAUAUUUGA